AUGAACAUGCCUAGCCAAGGUUUCAGAAAAUGGCAGCAGCCGGGGACUGGAUGGGUGGCGGGCCUUUCUUCGGACGGCGUACUGGUCUGGGACACUUCGCAAGGGAAUCGGGUCUCGGUCAUCAAUCCGGAAGAGGCUCCGAUAGCCGUGCUCUUUCGCGAUUCGGAGACCCUUAUCACCGUUUCUGCAACUGGAAAUGUGAUCGACUGGCCAUGGAAGGGGAAAGAUAUCGGCUUUGUCAGGGGGGCCAGCCAGCGCGUCACUGCCAAUAUUAUUCAGUAUGCACUGCAUAAUUCCUCCAGCAACCGUUGCUGUGUGGUGAUGAAUGGCUGCGACGGGAAGAAGGGUGCACAUUGUAUUUUUGGCGAGAUAUCUUUCAACAAUGAUGCUAGCGAAUUGAAGGAAAUUGGACAAGUACCUGCUGAUCUUACUGCGCAGCAAUCGGCUGUUGGUGAUGGUUUCUUCGCCUACAUCAAAGAUAGGACACUUUAUGGUCUUACCUUCGACAAUUCAAAGAUGCCUCGGCAAUCGUCAUAUACGAACAAGGCUCGCUUCGCAGGGCGCACGACCGAAGAACACCAUUUCUUCGACAUCAGCUCUUGCGGGAACAGCAUUGCUGUCUCGACCGGUUAUGGACGCGUGUUUAUUUGGCAGAACGUUAUGCCGAAGUUCGAGCUGGGAGCUCCAACCGAAUCUGUCCAUUGGCACUCGACUUCGCCGAUGGUGGCACUCGGCUUAUCAGGAGUGCUUUACUCGCUAGGCAAAGAAGGAACACUUCUCAAAUAUUCUUCGGCUCGUAACAAGCCCUCGUUCCACCGUACAGACGGCCUUCCGCAGCAUUUGCACAUAUCGCCGGAUGGCGCACUUCUGGCCUUGUUGAAAGAAGACAAUUCGGUUUCUUUAAUCAACACGGCGGCCUUUGCCCAACAGGCGGUUUGCGAGGGAUUCUAUCAUCAGAAAAAUAUGGCUGCUGGUCUGAAAUGGUUCGCUGAUUUUUCUUAUUCAUCGACAAUUGCUUCUUCAUAUGCGCCAGGCAUGCUACAAUGGGUGAAUGCUUUUACGGGAAUCACAGAACAAACGUGCGACGCAACCCUGGAAAACCUCGAAAUUCGCAGUCAGGAUUCCUGCGCAACUUAUUGCUCGAUAAAUGACGUUUUUCUGGCCGGCUAUGCGGCAGCUACUCUUGAGUCUCGAGUGAACUGGACAUCUCCUUUGAAACGCAUUCGUAUUUGGGAGCGACGGUCGAAUCUGCAUCUCAUCGAGACGUUCAGCGUCGAUGAGGCUACUAUCGCAAUAGCCGGGUGUUCGAAACCUCUGACACAAGAAGAUCAGAUCUUCGUCGCCGCCACCGCUGACAGCAAAAUAACCGUCUACCACUCUUCACGAGAUGGAAGUGGCAAGACGGUUUGGGUAGAAGACCUUGCAAGACGCGCUUCGUGGCAGCAAACGCAAUUCCUGGGAUGCUCGUCGAUCCUACCCGGCGGAUACUGGGUGUCGCUGCAUAGUACCUCGCCUACCAGCAACAUCGGUUGUGCGGUUAUAUGGGACCUUAGCGAGAUGCGGCCAAUAGAAGCGAUCCCUUUACAUUCAUCGCCACAGUAUGUUGAAUGGGCAACCGAGUCGAUCUUCAUUGUCGGACUAAAGGAAAAAGUAUUUGCUUUCGAUCGUAAUACACUGAAAGUUGUAUGGCUAGUGGAGGAAUCGCUGCCGAUGUGUGCAUCUUUGGAUGCUUGUUUCGUUAUGGACGGACGCAAUGUGCUGCGAAUCGAGCCAUCGACAUGUCGCAUUUUGGAAUCAUUGGUUUUCCCCAAGGAGAUUGAAUCGGUGGUCCUUCGUCAAAAACCCGACACUGUCUCACCGGCUACGUGCUUGAUAGCCAAAGCGCGCGAUGGUUCUCUGUUCCGCUCUAUGCAACGCAAAAGUUUCGUUCGAGCCGAGGGAGAGCCGAAAAAGCAGGCGAAAACCCCCUUUGCUGCCCUGUCCGCAACUGGUGAUGAUGGCGAAGACCUGGGCCUUGGAUACCGCCCGGCUAGCGAAGCGAAAUUGGUGAAGCCGCUAAAGCUUUUUGAUGCGCCGGCUCAUCUCUUGCCACCGGUGUGGCAGAUGGCCCCCCACGUUCAUCAC